AUAUACUGAACAAUCGCUGUUAUCGCCGAGUAAGCGAUGGCGGCGGGGGCGAUGACAUCUGGAUUUCAAGGGAGAAAUGGGUAAAGGACUGCAAUGGUCGAGAGUUAGCACGAUCAGUCAAAGACAGAAAACACGAUACUCCGGGGUCGGGAGCCACGAAGCUGAGGGUAAGGGAAGUGACUGUCACGCGUCAAGAACCGGCUUUUCCAGUGGCGCUUCCCAGUGAGACAAUUAUCAUGGCUAAAUCGGUAAGCCCCUCUAAGGGGGGAGCAGCCCGAGGUCGUCCAAAGACGAAGAUCCAGGAACGUAAGGAAAGUGGUGCCGCUGAGCCUCGCGGAAAAUCUGCAGGAAGAUCAAAGAGCCGUGGUCGUAGUCCUACUCCCAAGGUUACCAAAGAGACCAAAAGGAAGUCGAGCACGAGUGCCAAACGUGCUUCCUCAAAGUCUCAAGCCUCCCGUGGAAGGUCUCAAUCGAGGUCGAGAAAAUUCGAGCCUAAACAGCGCUCCAGGUCGGCGAGCAGGAAAUCAGUACCACGCAGGUCCGCCGCUGUUGAGAAACCUCUUGAAAAAGAAAAGAAGGAAACCUCAGUGGCUCGCUCGCGUCGCAGCGUCGCAGCACCGCGUGAAGCGUCCAAGCCAAGGUCAUCCGUUUCGGCGGCUAGUGAUGCCCCGCUCACACGAUCAGCUAUUUCAGGAGAUAAAUCGCCGUAUCCGAAGACGUCAAAGGUCGUUGACUUUUUUGCCAAAUUCAAUAAACAGGUGAAGGCCUUCGGAUAUCGACGUACCUUCGUUGCCACCUGGUGGCUGCUUUCAUUUCCUGUUUUCGUACUCGGCCUGCAUCUGCUAUGUAGUAGGGAUAAUUGCUAUAUCCGAUUCAACCCGACGAUCCCGAAGGCACUUCGUGUGUACGCCGACCCGCUCGUCCUCGGCUAUGGUGCAGGUGUCGUUGCUUUGCAGUGUUUGCUUUCGGCGCUACCCGUGGGUCGACAGGUGCAUGGGUUCGGCUACCGCCGCAUUAGUCAUCUGUACCGAAGCAAUUCGCUUUUGUGUUUGGUAGUUAGUGUGGCACUAUUCUGCGUUGGAGUAUUCUACCUACGUUUACCUAAUACGUUAAUCUUGCAAACGCAUCGUUUCAAGUGCGUGUCUGCAGCCACUCUGCUCUCGUUCAUCAUAUCUUUAGUGCUUUAUGCAAAGUCCUUCAUUCGUGUAUCACGCAGCCUCAAUCAUGGUUCUCCAUGCUCGCCUGGUAUUCAAGGUAAUUAUAUCCACGACUUCGUUCAUGGCCGCGAAGUCUCACCAAGGAUUGGACGCACUUUCGAUCUCGGACUCGUGCUUGUUCGGGCUGGAAACUGCAUCUGGGUUCUUGCAGUUCUUUCGGCUUGUAUAUUUGCUCGCACUCCCAGUGGCUUAAUUUUCGGUAUGAGCUAUUCAGUGGCUCUGGUUAGUUUUCUGCAGCUGCUUUACGUUUUCCUCGGCAGUUUGAACGAGGUGUAUCAGCUAAAAUCAGCAUUUAUUCAGCAAGGUGUCGGAUUCUUGUAUGUGUUUUCGACGAUCGUGCUUGCUCCAUUUUGCUCUACUCUUCCUCUCCGUUAUCUGGUUGAUGCCAAAGUUCCAGAUCUACCUCUACCGGCAUACCCCGCCAUCCUCCUCCUCUCCUUGAUCGGACUUUUCCUUAUUCAUUAUUCGAAUUCACUAAAAUACCACAAUGCCCGUUCGGGAGGAAAAACUUUGCGGCAUGGCCCAUGGAGCUUUGUUCGUCACCCGAACUACCUUGGCGAGCUGUGUUGCAUUCUGGCAUGGACCAUCCCCUGUGGCAAGACCCUAUUGCCGUAUGCGCACCUUGCAUUUGUGGCCCUUUUAGUUAUCUUCCGAAGCAUCAUGUGUGAGAAGGACACGAAUGCUGACUAUCGAAACUAUCAACAACAGGUGCGCUAUCGGGUCCUGCCACCCAUUUUUUGAUAAACUACAUGCACGUAUACACAUACUUUGUCCGCUGUUCACUAAACGAAUGAUAUAUCGAUCCGGCUAUAUUGGUUUAGAUUUUCAAUAACGAAACAAAAAUUAUCUACGGUAUAACACUGCGUUCUAGUUUCUGAAAAUUAAGACCGGAUAUAUUGAACCAUUUGUCGGAACGGAAUUGAAGAUCAAGAAAAGGCUUUCAAAAUGUUUAUGAUUGACUAUUUUAUGUUAGUCGGACAUUUGCCGACAAGUACAAGACAAACCUAGUUCGCGGCGGUAGCAAUUAACUGACUGAAUGAGGAAUUCAGCUCAUCAGCAACUAAGAUUACAUGAUUUUGUGCCUAACAAUCUACUGUGCUGAUAAGCAUUACUCGCGUGUGUAAGUUGUGUCUAUAAUUAUGAGGAAACUGAUGACAAUGAUGAUUAUGAUGCUAAAUAUUUAGUACUAGCUGAAAAUAUAUUUGUAAUGACUGUUCUAAGUGCGCACUGCAGUGUACAUAUGUAAGGUUAUAGGAUGGCGUUCGAGAACUGAGGGAGAAGGCUAAACAGAAGACGAAAACCAUUUUGAUUGAAUAGAAGUGGGUUAUAUUAAUUAUUACAAUACCUUUACAUUAUCCGAUGGAAGUUUGCAAUCGAGUUUUCAGUAAGAUAUUAGUAAGACCAAGUAACGUUAGUUGUGUCGUUCUUGCGAAAUAAAAGACCAACACAACGGUCAAUGUGACGAUAUAGCAAAAGUGGAUGACUUCUUUCCAAAAACAGACUAGUUUAGCACGAUCGCUGUCACACAAUCGCAGAUACAUAUAUACAUGCAUACAUCUCUCACUGUAUACAUUCAUUUUAUCCUCAUAAGCAGCCAGGCGGAGGGACGGAUGGAGGUGUGCCAUGAGGGUAGACACAGCGCUUCAAAGGAGCACGGAAAAAUGGAAGCAAUACACCACAAGUAGAAAUGGUUCUUUCUUAUUUUAGUAAUUGUAAUUGUACGACUGGGCGAUUGACGGUCAACUUGAGUGCUUAGUGUUUUUUUAAUAUUAAACAAAAUAAUGAACAGGAAAUCAUCUCGCAAGCGUUAAAAACGCAGUAGAUAAAAACACAGCAACCUUUGUGGCGCCGAAAGGUUGGUGCAGUAACAAAUUAUGGGGGCCGCUUGUUUAAAGUUAUUUUAUGCACUCUUCAAGUAUCUGUACAACGAACAGUACGACUAAAACAUGAUUACGCUAGUUCGACUGAUUGAAUGAACAUGUGUUAAAUGAAUGUUAUAUAUAUAUAUAUAUAUAUAUAUAUAUUUGUGUAAUUGGAGAGCCAAGCAGCUAUAAAAGGUAAUUGAAUUAAUAAAUAAACAUAUAUUAUCCAACCAACUUGUUGUAUCCAACCCGAUUUGGAACAGUUUCCCGCAAGCGCUGAAAUGUUCGAGAAAAUUUUUAAUUAAAAAAAUCUUGAAUGAACCAAGCCCUAAACAACAAUGAACGCUAUGAAAAGCGAAAGAAUAAAAAAAACUAGCACGCGACUAACGAGUUGCAAUUUAUUGUAAGUAUUGCUAGCCUCCAUGUUUCAAGUUUUAUAUCCGGUAUCGCCGUUUGGCAUUCCGUCAGACAGCUGCGCCUUAGCCCAGUAUAUUUUUGGUUCAUUUAAGAAAGAAAUUGAUUGAAUGAGGAUAAGUUGCGCCAUUUGUGAGCGUUCACCACCUCAGUCAGUUGACUUGCUGACUGUAAGUGCUACUACAACAAAGUGCCAAGAAAGGUUGGUUGACUAAGUCACAAUUUCGAGAACGGGCAAAUACCACAACAAAUAGCAGAACUCAAUAUAGAUAAAAGACUUAACAACAAUGGUUAGACUUUUGUUAAGUACAAAAGUGAUGAUAUGUGUCGACAAAAAAUUAAACUGUGCGUAGUCGGUCGCGGGAGAUUAAAAAAAAUCAACGAGUGUAUUAAUUUUAGUUAAUCCUUUUCCUAGUCAUUUCUUCCGUUUUUGUUUAUCAUUUUCUUUGGUCUUUGUAUAUCGUCUUUUUUUUUUUAAUUUGCUUAAUGUGCUUUUUCUUAAUAGUGGAAGUCCGUUUUUCUAAGCUCCUAGUAAAUAUUGGUUAUACUCUUAUACUCGAUAAUACUAUACACCACGCAUGUCAAAAUGCUUAACAUAUACAAGUCACCUAAUUUAUCUUAUUUGAUUCCAAAUCCUCUUUCAUUGAGGAAUAUUAGUUUAUGAACGUCUUAAUCUAUUUUCUUGCUACCAUAAAUAGGUCUUACUUGUAGGAAACUGAAUCAUUUUUGAGCUAGUUAGGCUAAAGCGAUAGUUCUUUAAUGUGUUAGAAGUGGCGUUCCUUAUCUUUUACACACUUGGCGCUUUGACACCUUCUGGAUCAUAUAACUACUAUUCGCGUCCUUUUUUUUAUUUAGUUGUGGGUUCUCGACGUAAAAUGAUAAUGGGUU